AUCAAACUUAUAUAACGUAGUAGUAAACAAAUAUUACAAUAACUGUAUCAUUUUCAUUUUAUUUUUAAAUGGAAUUUGUGACGGAAUAAAGGGUAAAGUAGAUAAAGUUGUGAAGAUUGAAAUGUUUGACUUUUAGCCUUUAGCAGCCAUUAUAGAAAUGUAUAAAAUAUAUAGUUUGUUAUUAAUAUGGACAUUUUUUUUUAUCAUUACAGAUUCCUGUGAAUCGAAAAUUGAGUCAAAUAUCGAACGGAAAGAUAAAAUGCAACCUCUGUAGGAGGUUUAACGGGCAGUGAUGCUGUUUUUUACAUUUAUUGUCUGUGCAAUAGCCGUCAACAAUGUUUCAUCGAAAAUAGGAUACUUUUGGCACAUCACCGACAUACACUACGACGCGAAUUACGAGGCGACCGCCGAUUACGCACAAAGUUGCAAGAGGUCGGUGGUCGAUCAGGAACUGUUGGUCAUGGAAAGGCCCAGUCUGCCGUCCAGCGGCGGCAGACUGGGCGAUUACGGGUGCGAUUCGCCGUGGACGCUGGUCCAGUCCGCUGUGAAGGCGAUGAAGGAGAAGCACGGAGACAACAUCGAAUUCGUGCUGUGGUCCGGAGACUCCGUGUCGUCGGACGUGGCGGACAUGCAUACCCGCGUGAUGGCCAUCCAAAACGUUACUAACCUGCUCAUACAGACGUUCAGCAGCCAGUUCGUGUUUCCGGUGCUCGGCCACGAUGAUCCUGGCGCCUUGAAAAACCAAUUGAUAGACUACACAAGUCUGGGACACUAUUGGCGGCAGUGGUUGCCCACAGACGCCAUACAGACGUUCAACAAAGGUCAGUUUUGUGCAUAUUAUUAUCACUAUUAUAAUAGUAUUGUUAUUGUCUCGUAAUAUUAUAACGUUGGUUAAAUAAAAAUAACUAUCGUUGGAUAGGUGUACAAUACUAUUAAGCUAAUAGUAACAACAAGAAACCAAUAUAUUAAUACGAGCUUAUAAUAUGAAUUAAACAAAACAUAAUAUAUGAUUAAUAAUGAUCUCAAGCCUCGCCGAUAGCCGUUCUUAAUUGAUAUACCAUUUAUAUUAUACAAGAUGUGAAAAAAAAAUGACCAACAUACAAUAUUAUAUGAUUAUUAUAUUAUAUUAUUAUGUCCACUUGUCACUAUACUAUAAAUAUAUUAUUAUUAUUAUUAUAGAAACGAAUAAUAAGGGCGUGGAACGUGCAAUACCGUGUGGGCGUGUGCAAACUGAUAAUUGUAGCACAAAGCGCCAAUAACUGAUAAGUUAAUUGGAAUAGACUUUAAUAUUAUACACGUUUCGGCAUCAUUAUGAUGUAUUCAUUUAUAAUUGACGUUCUAAAAAACCACUUUAGCCACAGCGUAAUUGAAUUCGAUAUUAAUUCUAUCACAUUCGGAUUAAAAAUAAUAAUAAUAAUAGGUUUAGGCACCUCAUAAAUGUGCCUGUUAAAUGUACUUCGACCCAUAUACAGAGAUGGAAAUAAUAUAAUAUAUUAAAAUAUGAUAUAAUAUUAUAACACAGUGUUCAGUCCACUAAUUUCAGCACGUUCGGAACUGUCGUGUAUAUUGACAGCCGCAUUUAUAUUAACUGUCAACCGGCGUCGACAUCAUCGUAGGCCGACGAAAUAAUAUUUUAUAGUCAAUAUUAUUAUCGCCAUCGUCAUCGAGCACGGUAGAGCUGAUUAUGUAUAAUAUAGUGGUAUUGGCGAUUUGCGUAGUGUAAACACAUAUUUUGUCAUUCAAAAAUAAGUCUGCAAAGUUUUGAACGCAGCACAAACAAUUUCGUAUAUUAAUUUAAUAUGAGCAGACCGUAUAAUAAAAUAUAUAAUAAAAUUAAAGUUUAAUUUUUACCAUAUUAUAAAACUCGUACGCGUAUAUUUUAUCAGCUACGUAGACUAACAUUUUUCGGCUCUGCCAAUCGUUUUGUACGAAAUAUUAUGCAAAAUACAUUCGGCGUAAAAUAUUACUAUAAGUUGGAGUUUUACUCAUUUUUCCGACGUGUGCAAAAUAAUGUAUUAUAUUAUGAUCUGGUAGUCAUCGUGUGGGACGCGUACAAUAAUAUUAAUGCACACUCACUACAAUUUUUGUUUCGAGUUUUUAAAAAUUAUUUAAACUAGACGUUUCGUGUUCAAUAUUAUGGAUUGUAUGCAUCAAUCUGUGAUCUUGCCUUUUCGUCGAUCACUGGUCAUAUCGUCAAAUAUUGAAUACGUUACAGCUGAUAAAUUAAAUAGGUAGGUACAAUCUAUUUUCAAUAUCUGAUGCCUCAUGGGAACGUGAAAAUAAUACACAAUGUGCAUUUAAAUAUUGAAACUAUGCGGCAUUUGAUGGGUGUGACCCACGACAGGAUAGACCGCAGAAAUAAUUCCGAUCGAAUCGAAUCGUUAGUAUAUAGUUUUACAUUUCCCUAAAAAAAUAUUGUGAGAAUCUACAACAAUGACCCGUGUAACUGCACCAUCUGUGUCUACUUUCCGAUCGAUGGAGGGUCCAUAUGUAUGUAACUUUUAGAGUACUUUUAUACUACCUCAAAAAGCGUUUUCGGAAAAAAAAAAACAAAACAAAACAACGCAUCAUUUUAAAGCCAAUAUAACUUCCUGGCCACGUCCGGAAUCUAAGAUUAAAACAUUAACGCACGGGGAGUGUGCAGUAUAAUAUGUUUAAAACUUUCCAUCCUUAACGGCUGUUUGUAUGCUAUUUUAUUCGUAAUGCGAAUUAUAGCGUUAUAAAAGUGACGUCAUUAUAACAUAAUAUGUAUACUGUAUAAUAUGUAUCCGAAAACAUUAUGACUCUGUGGCAUUCAUGUUUUGAUGAUCUGUAGCAAUAUAAUAUUCGUUAACACGCGACACAGAAUAUUAUUAUUUUGCCCGUGGUGGAUGUAGAUAAUUGAAAAAAGUCUCUCAAUAGUGGUACAGACUCGUUAUCUUAAUAGAAAAUAUAAUAAUAAUAAUAUUAUGACGGUGAUGCGACAGUCAUGCUACAUUAUUGCGUUCGCGUAAAAAAAAAUAUAUAUAUAUUUAAGUCGACAACGACGAGUUUUUUUUUUACUACCUCCUAAUACGAAUACGAAAUUAUUAUUGUGAAGUGAUGAUAGUUGUAAGCAAAAUAUGAACGUGGUACCUAUAUUAUAAUAUAAUACCCUUGUCGUGUCGUAGGUAUAUCGCGUUCAGUAAAAACACGGAAAACAUUAAACCGCAAACCGUAUUUUAGGCAUGUUGUUCGGCUGUUUCGAAAGCAUCAGCAGAUCAAACACUAAAAUAUAAUAUUAUGAUUUCAUCUUGAGCACACAUACAAUUGUUAUAUUGCGCACCUUGCAGUGUGUACUCACCAAACUUCAACGUUUCGAAAAUCCACUGACGAUCUGAAAUAAUAAUAUAUUUCAAUUUUAUCGUCCCACUGUGGCGGUCUUGAUGACUCGUCGGUUUACCGUUCAACGUUUGUUGUGUUUCAAAUUAAAGUUUAAAACGGCAAACCGUUUUGGACUUAAAGCAUUACGGCGAAUACAGUUCAGAUUUGCUUAUAAAUAAUAUGAUAUCCCUAAUUCUCGUAGAGUAAACCGUUCCGACAUAUUAUAUUCUGCACGGGUAUAUAAAUAUCAAACAUAAUAUCCCAUUUGAGCCAUCUAAACAUUUUUCGUGACAUUUAUACCUUUGCAAAUGGAAUUUUCUUGAUAGGAGUGAAGAUAAACCCGGCAUUUCCGUUUACUGCAAACUAAACAUCAACAAAAAAAACCUGCUUAAUAAAUAUGUAACUAAAUGAUUUCUAAAGUAUACCUAUAACAUACAAUGAAUUAAGAAAAAA